CAGCAGCACUCAGUCAUAGUCGCGUGCCGGCCGCUUCAGUGGGCGCGUGUGCUUUCAUAAGUGUAGAGUUAUAUGAUCAUUAUAACUGAGUCAGGAUGGUGUUCGGGGCCAACCAGGCCAUCUCCAGCUCCCCGGGCAAAGCCCGCAUGUCCGUCAGGCGGCUGCGGCUCUUCGCCACUCACAAGAGGAAUUGCUUAGUUCGCGUGCUGUACGGGUCUCUGCUGAUCAUCAUCUCCAUCCUGCUGAUGGUGCUGGACCCACUGGCGAGGAUCACAGAAUAUUCUCUGACGAUGAAGGAGGGUCGGAUAGCGUACGAGGCGUUCCGGGAGCCGCACUAUAAGAUCUACCUGGACGCUUACGUGUUCAACUACACCAACCUGCCCCAGUACAUCAACGGCAGCCAGCCCAAGAUCAAGGUGCACGAGAUAGGACCCUUCUCCUUCAGGGAAUUAAGAACAGAUGAGAACAUGCGCGUUGACCAUGAGCGGGGAACCCUGACUAUGAACCCCAAACUUCGGCUGGAGUUUGUCCGGGAGAGAUCUGUGGCCCACUACAAAGACGUCAACAUAACUGUACCCAACAUAGUGCUUAUUUCAUUCACGACGUAUCUCGCAGACAACAUGGGCUACUUCACGAACGUGGGCGCCUACUACUCCAUGAGGAGUCUGGGCUCCAAGCUGGUGAUGGAAAUGACGGCGGACGAGCUGAUGUUCGGCUACAAGGAGCCGCUGGUGACCCUGGCCAACCAGAUCCUGCCCAACUGGAUCGACUUCAGCAAGACGGGGAUUGUGGAUCGGUUUUACGCAGACAAGCACAGCGAGGUGGAGUUAGAUCUGAAGAAUGCGUCGAGGAAGUACGCCAUCAACUUGUGGGACGGAAGACCGGGGCUAGAGCAGCAGGGGUACUCUGAGACUUCCAGCAACAAUUGCAAUCGCGUGCGAGACACGUACGAGGGUAUGAUGAUGACCCCCAACAUGGCCACCAACCAGACCCUCAAGAUCUUCCGCAGCUACGGCUGUAGAGUGUUCCCCUUCGACUUCACGGAGGAGGUGGACUUCUGGGGGAUGAGAGCAUAUCGUUACGACAUGCAGAAGACAGCUUUCAACAAAAUAUCGGACUACGCGUGUCCGUGCACCAAGAACUGUCUUCCGGAUGGCUUCAUAGACAUCAGUGGAUGUUACUAUGGUUUCCCUAUAGCUCUCUCAAAGCCACAUUUCCAAGACGUGGAUCCGGCGCAGAAGGCGAAGUUUGAAGGGAUGACGCCGGAUCUAACUAAAUCUUUAGCUGAUUUUUAUUUUGAACCGACGAUAGGUGUGCCCCUCAAGGCUAUGAUGAGAUUCCAGAUCAAUGCCGCAGUGCGAACGGCGCCGGGCAACCCUAUAGCUAAUGCUCUGAAAGACACCGUACUGCCUUAUAUUAGAAUAGAAUUGUAUUGCGACGAGCCUCCAAUGUACAUUUACAUUCAAAUGUAUCUGGUACUGGUAGUCGGACCACCGGUGCUUAUCAUGGUCAUCAUGACUCUCCUCAUAUCCGGUAUAUACCUCGGUUUCCGCGGGUUCUACGACUACUUCCGAACUGACAACCAUUUGGUGCUGACGAACGUGGAACCGUCAACCAAGAGGCGAAGUGCAGUAAGCCUAGAUUCCGUAGAAAAUCAAAAUGGAGAGGAAAUGAAAGAAAUAGCGCUUUUACUACAUAUUAUAGAAAAUUCUAGUACAAGGGAUCCAUAAUGAGACUGUUAAUUAUAAUUUGAAGGUUACGAUCCUGAAACAAUUGCACUUAAUUAUUUUGUAUUCAACGCGUAGGUUUUUAUCAUAUUCUUAUAACUACAAAUUGUAAAGUAAGAAUGAAAAACUAGGAUUUAAACGCAGUAUGAACAAUGAACAUACAUUAGGUGCGAUGAUGAAUUUUGUAAAGAUUGAUUUAUUAGAAGUUUUGUAAGUAGUAGCAGAUAAGAAAAAAAAAUAUUUUUAAAUGUUAGAGAUAACAUACAAAUAUGUGAUAAAAUAUUCUUCCUUAGCUUUAAACGCGAGUAAUUGGUAUUAUAG